CGAAGUCUUGCCAUGCGAGAUUAGCUCGGAAAAUCGUAAAAAUCGCGAUUGUAGUGAAAACAAGAAGUUCUGCACGUGUUUUCGUAACAAAUCUUAAUGUUUAGAUUGCCUCUGUUGCAGCGUAGCUUAGUUUUUACAGAGAGAAGAUUCAUUGGACAUUUCGCCAAUAUAAUGUCUGAAGCCAUUGAAGACCGGCUGGCCAAGAAGAUACCGGCCAAGAAGGCUCAGAAAAACUCUUACAAGCCACGGUAUGAGAGCAGGAAAAGGGCGAACUACAACGUGCCCCAGACGGAAGAGGCGGCGAAGAGAGCCUGUCCGGAGAACUUCGUGCGGAUCAAGAGGAAGAAGUCAGUGAUCAUGCUGGGAUACUCCGGAAAGAAUUACUUCGGGAUGCAGAGGAAUGAGGGCGUAAAGACGGUGGAAGAGGAGCUGCUAGCGGCUAUGCUAAAGCACAAAUGGAUCACAGAUGAGGCCUACAAUAUGCCACAGUCAAUAUCAUUCCAGCGAGCAGCCCGGACGGAUAAAGGCGUGUCUGCGAUCAGACAGUUGGUUUCCCUGAAGCUUCCACUGGAGUUGAAUGUGGCAGCGCUGAAUGAGGACUUGCCCAAGGAAAUAAGAGUGUUCGCCGUGAAGGUAGUAACUCAGGGAUUCAACUCGAAGAAUGAUUGCUUCGCCAGGACGUACACCUACACAUUGCCCACAAUUGCAUUCAGCAAUCACGCAGACACUGAGGCAAAGAUGGAGACCUACCGCGUUCCUGUGGAUGUCCUGCAGAGAUUGCGUUGCCUGCUGAAGAUGUUCGAGGGCUCGAAGAAUUACUACAACUUUACGAUCAAGAAGGGUUUCUUCGAUCCUUCCGCCAAUCGCUACAUCAUGUCUUUCACGUGCGACGAUCCGUUCGUGGUAGAUGGCGUAGAAUUUACAGUGAUUAGAGUGAAGGGACAGAGCUUCAUGAUGCACCAGAUCAGGAAGAUGGUUGGCCUUACGCUGUCCAUCCUUCGUGGCCACUCGGAGACGAAGAUUCUGGAAACUGCCUUCAGUGAUACUCGCCUCUACAUCCCAAGAGCCCCGGGAUUAGGUCUAGUUCUCGACACACUGCACUAUGAUCGCUACAACAAACGAUACGGAAAUGAUGGGAUUCACUCUCCCCUCCUGUGGGAUGAGUACGAAGAGGAGAUUCAGAAAUUCAUCCGAGAAGAAGUCUAUCCGAUAAUAACCGAGACGGAAAUCAAGGAAAAACCUUUCCUCGAAUGGCUUGAGUAUCUCAGUGAACAUGAUUUUUCAGGCAAAAGCCCAGAAGAAAAUGAGGACAAUGAGAAUGAAGAGUGUGAGGACGAACCAGUCAAACCUGGGAAGAGUCAAGAUGUUGCUUGAUCAGAAAUUUAAUAAAAUAUAGUUUCCUAAUCUGUAUAA